AUGACCAAAUUCAAGGAAUGCUUUUCACUCUACGAUAAGAAGCACAGGGGAAAAAUAGAGGCCAGUGACUUAAUUACUGUGAUGCGCUGCCUUGGCACCAGUCCCACCCUGUCAGAGCUGGACAGACAUUUGCAAAUCCAUAAAAUAGAUAAGAAUGGGGACCUAGACUUCUCCACCUUCCUGAACAUCCUGCAUAAGCAAAUGCAGCAGGAAGACCCACAGACAGAGAUCCUGGAGGCCAUGCGCAUGACAGACAGGCAGAAGAAGGGUUAUGUCCUGGCAUCAGAGCUCAGGGCCAAGCUCACAGGACUGGGGGAAAAGCUAACGGAUCAGGAGGUGGAUGAAUUGUUUAAGGAGGCAGGUGUUGGCCCUGAUGGACAUGUUUGCUAUGAAGCAUUUGCAAAGAGCCCCCUGACUACCCACCAUUAA